AUGUUACUUGGUAACAAAAAAAAAUAUGUAAAAAUCAAGAGUAGGGUGUCUUGUAAAAGAAUGAUGGUGGUGGAGACUUGUAUUCCACCUUUGGAGGAGCAGACUAGUACGGUGGAGGUGGAGGAGAGUUGUAGACGUAUGGUGGUGGUGAAGACUUGUAGUCUAACUUAGGAGAAGAAGAAUAAUAUGGUGGAGGUGGAGGAGAGCUGUAGACGUACGGUGGUGGUGGAGACUUGUAGUUCACCUUUGGAGAAGGAGAGCAGUAUGGUGGUGGUAAGGUAUAGACGUAUGGUGGUGGUGGAGACUUGUACUCUACCUUAGGAGAAGGAGAAUAGUAUGGUGGAGGUGGUGGUGAGGUAUUGACGUAUGGCGGUGGUGGAGACUUGUAAUCCAUCUUUGGAGAAGGAGAGUAGUACGGUGGAGAAGAGCUGUAGACGUAUGGUGGUGGUGGAGACUUUUCCAAAAUGA